AUGGCACUCGUGAGGAAUUACCGCCCCUCGCUUGUGCAAAUCCUUGCACUUCGUGAUCCAGCAGCGGCCAGAUCCUGCUUCCCCUCUCAAUUCCAUCUCUCCCGGAUCCUCGAAUGGCUGAACCCUUUUCCACCCACCCUCUCCUCGCUCCGCGGAACUCGGCAAAAGGCGACUCCCGAUCUACAGGAAGACAAAUUGGACCGCAAAAUCGGCGGAAAAUUGUAG